UAUUUUGUUUUAUUGCAGGUCACAAUGCCAACUGCUGCUGUAUUUGGUCCAAAUGAAAAAUGGCGGAUAAAUCGCAAUAUUUUCGUGCUUGGCUUCGCUUUCAUGGUGCAUUUCACGGCGUUCCACGGUGCCGCCAAUCUGCAAAGCUCCGUUAACACAGACGCCGCUGCAGGAACCUUCACUCUAGCGGCUAUAUAUUUUUCACUCAUACUGUCCAAUAUAUUCUUACCCGCUUUGGUUAUAAAAUGGCUCGGUUGCAAAUGGACGAUUGCAGUUUCUUUCAUGGCUUAUAUGCCUUUCAUUGCGGCCCAAUUCUACCCAUAUUUGCACACACUGGUACCGGCGGGAAUGAUGGUCGGUUUUGGUGGUGGUCCUCUCUGGUGUGCUAAAUGUACAUACUUAUCUGUGGUAGCGGAGCCUUAUGCCAAGUUAUCAGGAGUACAAGUGGAGGUGCUUGUAGUACGAUUCUUUGGACUCUUCUUUAUGUUUUAUCAGAUGGCUCAAAUAUGGGGCAAUCUGGUAUCUUCGGCAAUUUUAUCUUCAUCGCUCGGUGAAGCGACGCGCUUUAUGAAUGAAACCGUUAUCGGGGCACCUAAAGUGGAGGCGUUUGUGAACUUAACUCAAUCACUGCCAGACUACGGUUCAACUUGUGGGGUUAACUUUUGCAGCGGUAGUAGUUUGCAUGAAAACACGAACUUAAAACCGCCAUCACCUUUAAAGAUCCAAGUAAUAGCAGGUGUUUAUCUCGCUUGUAUGGCUCUAGCUAGCGUCCUCGUCGCUGUAGGCGUGGACUCUCUUAGCAGAUAUAACACGGGACGCCAGCCGAUGGCCCAGGGCAAGUCAGGGUUCCAGUUGCUGGCGGUCACCCUCCGCCAGCUCAGACAUAAGUACCAAUUGUUAUUACUGCCUGUUAUCGGCUACAUCGGCGCCGAGCAAGCUUUUAUGGCCGCAGACUUCACUCAGGCUUUCGUUGGUUGUGCGUACGGCAUCAGCAAUAUAGGUUUUGUGAUGAUUUGCUUUGGCGUGUUCAACGCGCUGGCUGCGCCGGUUGCGGGCGCGGUUGUCAAAUUAACCGGCCGGUACCCAGUUAUGUUGACUGCUCUUCUCCUCAACCUAUGUCUGUUGUCAUCACUAAUAUUAUGGAGACCCGAUCCUGAUCAAUGGCUUUUAUUCUUCGUGUUAGCUGCAAUUUGGGGAAUAGCAGAUGCCGUGUGGCUAGUUCAAGUGAAUGCUCUCUCCGGUAUCCUAUUUCCUGGUAAUGAAGAAGCGGCAUACUCGAAUUUCCGUUUGUGGGAAGCGACUGGAAGCGUCCUCUCUUACGCAUCAGCUCCUUAUCUUUGCGUAAGAACCAGGUUAUACAUUCUACUGGGUCUAUUGAUCUUGGGAUUCGGCGGAUACACCACCAUCGAAAUGAUGGAGUAUCGCGUGAAGCGACGUCAUCACGACGAACGGAAGUUUGAAUUAGUCGCUAAUAAAGCUGAUCAGGAGUGAUAAUAUUAACUUAGGGAUAAUAAUUUAUAAGACAUGCUAUCCAUAUUGUUGACUAGCCGCGUCUUGCGGUUUCACCUGCAUAAUUUUCGACUCCUUGCGAAUAUCGGGAUAAAAAGUAGCCUAUAUGUAUUCCAAAACUCUAGAUAUCGAUGUACCAACUUUUAUUACAAUUAGUAGUUUUUGCGUGAAAGAGUAACAAUUGUCUAUCCUCACAAACUUUCGUAUUUAUAAUAUUAUUAGGUGUUCUAACUAAUCGUUAGUGGUACUCAGUUAAUUAAUUUUCGCCUGAUAGUUAUUUAAUAAGGCUUUAUAAGAUUAGAAAAGAUUUGUAUAUACAUUUAAUAAGUUUAAUUCAACUAAAAUAAACAAGGGCUGUAUUCAUUUGCUAAAUAUAAAUGUCAAAUAUAAAGAAAUUCAAACAACAUUUUAACUAGGUGUUAUAUUAAGAAUUUCUUACUAACCACCUUACAGAUUAAAACUACGAAUUCAGCUUCAAUGUGUUUAUAAAACAAAAAGAGUAUUUGUGUUAAUUGUAAUUAAAUAUAGAAGCAGAUAGUCCGGAAGUGGUGCAAAGACUUUUUUCCUAUAUAGAAAAACGGUUAAAGUUUAAAGGAUAGAUGAUAUAUCCGAAGAUAUAUCCGAAGGAAAAUCGUAUCCGUUUACAGGUGGACGACUUGCACCACUACUAGAACGUCAUUUACGUCCUCAUACCUAAAUAGUAUGAAAUACCUAAUUACUCCUGUUUUGUUACAACAUUUUAAGUAAUAAGGGUGAUGAUGAAAAUAAUAAAAACAUUUAAAAGAAA